UGCUGCUUUCUAUACCCAGUUCACACCCUGCUGGGCAACGGAGGAAAAGCCAGAGGAGCUUUCGAUGACUGGAACCACCAGGUGACAGGACAGGAAGCUCUGCUCAGGCGAGCAGCCACUAUUACCAUUUAGGAAGCCUGUGGCAGGAACAAUAGCACCUGGAAAAUCCCACGUUCCCUGUGACACAAGCCCCAAGGAUGAGCCUGCUCCAGCUGCUGGUGUUCCUGGCCCUCUGGGGAGCCGCCAGGGCUGGACCAGGGAGGUUCUGGCACAUCUCGGACCUGCACCUUGAACCUGACUACAAGGUGUCCACAGACCCGCUCCAGGUGUGCCCAUCAGCUGGCUCCCAGCCGGUGCACAGCCCGGGCCCCUGGGGUGACUACCUCUGUGACUCCCCCUGGGCCCUCAUCAACUCCUCCGUCCACGCCAUGAAGGAGAUUGAGCCGGAGCCAGACUUCAUCUUCUGGACAGGCGAUGACACCCCUCACGUGCCCAACGAGAGGCUGGGAGAAGCGAAGGUGCUGGAGAUUGUGGAACGCCUGACCAAGCUCAUCAGAGAGGUCUUUCCAGAUACUAAAGUAUACUCCGCUAUGGGAAAUCAUGACUUUCACCCCAAACACCAGCUCCCAGCGGGGAGCAACCGUAUCUACAAUCAGAUAGCAGAACUGUGGAGACCCUGGCUCAAUAAUGAAUCCUUUGCUCGCUUCAAAGAAGGUGCGUUCUAUUCUGAGAAGUUGCCAGGGACGGCUGGGCGGAUCGUGGUCCUCAACACCAAUCUGUACUACACCAACAAUGAGCAGACGGCCAGCAUGGCCGACCCUGCCCAGCAGUUCCAGUGGCUGGAAGAGGUGCUGAGCAACGCGUCCAGAGCUGGAGAAAUGGUGUACAUCAUCGCCCACGUGCCCCCGGGGUUCUUUGAGAAGAAAAUGAACAAGAUGUGGUUCCGGGAGGGAUUCAACGAGAAGUACCUCCAGGUAGUCCAGAAGCAUCAUCGAGUCAUCGCAGGGCAGUUCUUCGGGCACAAUCACCUGGACAGCUUUCGCAUGUUCUAUGAUGAUGCAGGUGCCCCCAUCAGUGUCAUGUUCCUUAUCCCGGGAGUCACCCCAUGGAAACCCAUAUUCCCUGGAGUGGUCUACGGGGGCAACAACCCAGGCAUCCGACUGUUCGAAUACGACCGAGCCACGCUGAGCCUGCAGGACAUGAUGACUUACUUCCUGAACCUGAGCCAGGCGAACGCGCAGGGAGCGGCGCGCUGGGAGCUCGAGUACCAGCUGACCGAGGCCUACGCGGUGCCCGACGCGGGCGCCCGCUCCAUGCACGCCGCGCUGGGCCGCAUCGCCGGCGACCCGAACGCGCUGCAGCGCUACUACGUGUACAACUCUGUCGGCCACGACGCGCGGGCGUGCGACGCGCUGUGCCGCGCCGAACACGUGUGCGCAAUGCGCGCGGUGGCCGCGGACGCGUACGCCGCCUGCCUGCGCGCCCCCGCCGCCGCGCCCGCGCCCGGGCUGGGGCUGCCGCUCCUGCUGGCGGCGCAGCUGGGCCUGGGCGCCUGGCUCGCAGGGUGACCUGUGCCGCCGGCUGGACCGCAGGGUUUGCCUCCUCAGUCUGGGUGUCCUGGGCCGGCGCCCCCCACUGGGGGCUGGACUCUCACUGUCCCGGCUUCCGCAGGUGAACGGGGACGCGGCAGCCAGAUCAGGAAAGAAGCCCAAAGACCCUGCCACAAGCCCUUUUCUUCCAAGUUUUACAUGUAUUAAAAAAGCUCACCAUGGAUCU